AUGGAGGGUGGUGGUGUGAACAUGAAAGACCAAUCAUCUCUGCAACCAGAACAAACACCGCCACAAUCACCGCAAUCGCCUCUGCGAAUCACAAUCAUGGUGGCCUCUAUUGCCGCCGGGAUACAAUUCGGAUGGGCUUUACAGCUCUCUUUGCUGACCCCAUACGUUCAACUAUUGGGUAUUCCACACACUUGGGCUGCUUUUAUUUGGCUCUGUGGACCUGUCUCCGGCAUGCUCGUACAACCCAUCGUUGGAUACUACAGCGACAACUGUUCUUCUCGUUUUGGCCGUCGCUGUCCCUUUAUUGCCGCCGGAGCUGCUCUAGUUUCUAUCGCGGUCUUCCUCGUCGGCUAUGCUGCUGAUAUUGGUCACAUCUCCGGUGACCCACUUGGGAAAACACCAAAACCCCGAGCCAUUGCCGUGUUCGUCGUCGGUUUUUGGAUCCUUGACGUCGCUAACAAUAUGUUACAGGGUCCAUGCCGUGCCCUCUUGGCUGAUCUCUCCGGCGGAAACGCCCGGAAAACCCGAAAGGCCAACGACUUCUACUCCUUCUUCGUGGCCGUCGGCAACGUGCUUGGCUUCGCUGCCGGCUCGUACACCCACCUCUACAAGCUAUUCCCAUUCACAAAAACAAAUGCAUGUGAUGUGUACUGUGCAAACCUAAAAAGCUGUUUUUUUCUCUCCAUAACUCUCUUGUUGAGUCUAACAAUACUGGUCUUAACCACAGUACGUGAAAAGUCAAUAUCUCCAUCGGAACCGGAGAGUUCCGGCGACGUGGUGGCGCUUGGGCGGAGUGAAAGGUCGAGAUUAGCAUGUUUUGGGGAAAUCUUUGGUGCAUUAAAGGAGUUACCUAGACCCAUGUGGAUUUUGAUGUUGGUGACGUGUUUGAAUUCGGUUGCUUGGUUUCCAUUCUUGUUGUUUGACACUGAUUGGAUGGGGAGAGAGAUUUAUGGAGGUAAGGUUGGAGAGGGGAAGAUGUAUGACCAUGGUGUUCGUGCGGGUGCAUUAGGGUUGAUGCUGAACUCGGUGGUGCUGGGUUUCACCUCCCUGACGGUGGAGGUUUUGGGACGUAGGAUUGGAGGGGUGAAGAGGUUGUGGGGGUGUGUCAACUUCUUGUUGUCUUUUUGCUUGGCUAUGACUGUUUUUGUGACCAAAAUGGCUGAGUCAACACGGCGGUUCACAGCGGCGCCUGGUGGCGGCACAANCCUCUAUUGCCGCCGGGAUACAAUUCGGAUGGGCUUUACAGCUCUCUUUGCUGACCCCAUACGUUCAACUAUUGGCGACAACUGUUCUUCUCGUUUUGGCCGUCGCUGUCCCUUUAUUGCCGCCGGAGCUGCUCUAGUUUCUAUCGCGGUCUUCCUCGUCGGCUAUGCUGCUGAUAUUGGUCACAUCUCCGGUGACCCACUUGGGAAAACACCUAAACCCCGAGCCAUUGCCGUGUUCGUCGUCGGUUUUUGGAUCCUUGACGUCGCUAACAAUAUGUUACAGGGUCCAUGCCGUGCCCUCUUGGCUGAUCUCUCCGGCGGAAACGCCCGGAAAACCCGAAAGGCCAACGACUUCUACUCCUUCUUCGUGGCCGUCGGCAACGUGCUUGGCUUCGCUUCCGGCUCGUACACCCACCUCUACAAGCUAUUCCCAUUCACAAAAACAAAUGCAUGUGAUGUGUACUGUGCAAACCUAAAAAGCUGUUUUUUUCUCUCCAUAACUCUCUUGUUGAGUCUAACAAUACUGGUCUUAACCACAGUACGUGAAAAGUCAAUAUCUCCAUCGGAACCGGAGAGUUCCGGCGACGUGGUGGCGCUUGGGCGGAGUGAAAGGUCGAGAUUAGCAUGUUUUGGGGAAAUCUUUGGUGCAUUAAAGGAGUUACCUAGACCCAUGUGGAUUUUGAUGUUGGUGACGUGUUUGAAUUCGGUUGCUUGGUUUCCAUUCUUGUUGUUUGACACUGAUUGGAUGGGGAGAGAGAUUUAUGGAGGUAAGGUUGGAGAGGGGAAGAUGUAUGACCAUGGUGUUCGUGCGGGUGCAUUAGGGUUGAUGCUGAACUCGGUGGUGCUGGGUUUCACCUCCCUGACGGUGGAGGUUUUGGGACGUAGGAUUGGAGGGGUGAAGAGGUUGUGGGGGUGUGUCAACUUCUUGUUGUCUUUUUGCUUGGCUAUGACUGUUUUUGUGACCAAAAUGGCUGAGUCAACACGGCGGUUCACAGCGGCGCCUGGUGGCGGCACAACUCCUCUUCCGCCGGUGCCUGGUGUUAAGAUUGGCGCAUUGACUCUCUUUGCAGUUUUGGGUAUCCCUCUGGCGGCGACUUAUAGCAUUCCCUGUGCUCUAGCAUCCAUAUUUUCUAACUCUUCUGGUUCUGGGCAAGGUCUCUCACUAGGAGUUCUAAAUCUUUCCAUAGUUAUACCACAGAUGGUGGUCUCGUUGUUGAGUGGGCCGUGGGACGCCCUUUUUGGAGGCGGUAAUUUACCAGCAUUUGUGGUGGGAGCCAUUGCAGCGGCGGCUAGCGGGUUGUUUGCGCUAACCAUACUCCCAUCUCCACAACCCGAUAUACCAUCAGACAAAGUUUCAAGGCCCAUCACUGGGUUUAACUAGUGUUUGUUUUUAGUUUUUCGUGUUUCUCAUCUUCUUUUUUCCUAUUUCGGUCACAAAAAUGGUCAUUUUCUGUUCAAUAAAAUAUAGUUAACGGCUACACACACGCCAAGCAUGUUGGAACGGCCAUAGUUAAUCCUCUAUGUAUGAAACUUUGAACAGCUAUGCGCCUGAUAAGCGUGGUACGACCAUGGUUUUAAAUGUGAUGGGGUCUCGAAAAUAAUAGCCCCAGCCCAAUCGAUGAGUUGUUACUUGGAUUAAUGAGUUCAAUUGAGUAUAAGGUUGACUUGUGAAUAAUGGAAGGCACUGAAUGUAAGUGGUUCAUCUUAGUCAAAAGACUGAGGCUACGUCCACUGUAAUGGAGUCUUUUGUUUCUUAAGAUCGUAUAUUGAGAUUGUUGGCACUGAGCCUUUACAAGGGCUUAUGCUUGGUUUGUUGUGUAUCAAGGGC